GCAGCUGGCAUCGUGGCGGGGCUCCAGGAGGCACUGCCCUUCCAGCUUCGUCGCCCUUCGCGCCCACCACUCAGCAGCUACUGGAAGCCCUUCGUCGACGGCAUCCAGAGGCAGGAGCAGAACUACAGGCCCUUGAGGCUAAGGCGGCGCCGCCUGAGAAGGCCGCAGAGAAGCCCAAGCUACGCCCAGAACUUCAGCGAGAGCACGACCUCAAUCAAGCAGGAGCGCAAGCUCGCAAGGCGUCCGAAGCACUUGACCGAGCAGUUCGAUAUGAAGCAGAAUGUGCUCCAGCCUGUGUCGGCCCCGAUCAACCUCUCCCAGUUGCUCAGCGCGAAGGAAGAGUCGGAGCUGCAGGAGGUUCUCAAGUUCGAGGAUGGAGCGUGCUUUGGCACCA